AUGUUAAGAAAUUACUUUUUUUUAUGCAAGAGUACAAAAAAAAUAAAUAAGAAAUGUUUAAGUUCAUAUAUAAAAAAGGAUGUUGAAAACUAUUCCAAGUAUUUUAAAAAUUCGUGUUCGCUGAUUUUAUCAUCAGGGACAGGUGGAACAGAGGCCUGUGAUUUCUGCAGUAUGUUAUAUAAUAUGUAUAUAAAAUAUUUAUCAAAAAUUAAGAACAAAAAAAAUGUAAAAUAUGAAAUCGUUGAUUUAAGUAAAAAUGAAGUAGGUAUUAAAAAAGUAGAAAUAAAAAUAGAUGGAGAAUACAGUUUUUAUAAUUUCGUAUCAGAAAAAGGAAUACAUAGAUUAGUAAGGAACUCUCCAUUUAAUGCUCAGAAUAAGAAAAUGACAUCCUUUGUAAAAGUAGAUGUAAUACCAACUUUAAGUUUUAAUGAUGCAAAUGUUAUGAAUUUUUUAAAUAUUACUGAAAAUAAUUCUAAUACCUUGAAAAAAGGGAAUAACAACCAAAAUAUUAAUAUGAAUGAUAUUUCUAUAAAUAAGAGUGAUCUGGUUAUUCAAACUAUGAGGUCGGGUGGAAAGGGGGGUCAAAAUGUUAAUAAGGUCGAAACUGCAGUUCGAAUUUUACAUAAACCAACAAAUAUUUCUGUAAAAGUAUCAAGUGAAAGAUCUCAAAUUUUAAAUAAACGAAUUGCUUUAAAAACAAUAUAUGAAAAAUUAUUAUAUUUACAACUAGAAGCAUUAAAAAGUAAACAUUAUGAAUUAGCUAACAAAAGUUUAACACAUUUUGGUGAACAAAUUAGAAAUUAUAUUUUGUAUGGAAAUAAAAUGAUAAAAGAUACUAGAACAAGUGUUUUUUCAACUGAUGUCGAUAAGGUUUUGUCACAAGGUGAAAUUGACUUAUUUGUAGAUGCCUAUCAGAAGUAUCUCUAA